AUGGUUGACACUACACGGCUUCGGGUGUGCCGAAAGAAACUUCGUGUCUUUAUAGUAUCAGACAUCUCAAACGAGCCUGACGACGCCGAAUCUCUUGUCAGAUAUUUGCUCUACGCAAACGAAUUCGAUACUAGAGGACUCGUUGCCUGUACAUCAACAUGGAUGAAGCGUGUGGUCCAUCCGGAAGAUAUGCAAAAAAUUGUGCGAGCAUACUCAAAAGUCGUUGACAGCCUAAAUCAAAAUACACACCCGGACAAUCCGUACCCCUCAGGCGAUAGCAUUAUGGAUCUCAUUACAACCGGGCCUGCAGUGUAUGGGAAAGAGGCACUCCAACCAGACGUUCCGUUGAGCCAGGGAGCUAAACUUCUACUCAACCGCCUCGACGAGUCCGAUGAACCACUUUGGAUCUUGUGCUGGGGUGGAACGAAUGUUUUGGCACAGGCGUUGCAACACUCCCAGCUAUCAAGAACACAUAGUGAACACAGUAAACUCCGUUCCAAGAUGAGAGUAUACGCUAUAUCUGACCAAGAUGACACGGGGAUGUGGAUCCGAUAUAACUUUCCCGAUAUCUUCUAUAUCGCAUCUGUCCAUGGCUGGAAUCAGUAUGGCCUUGCAGCAUGGACGGGCAUUUCAGGUGACCAAUACUAUCUCUUUGACCAAGGUGGUCCAGAUUUCAAGAAGUUCACCAAGGAAUGGCUGAAGGAGAACAUACAGAUAGGCCCAUUGGGUGAAGCAUACCCGGAUUAUCUCUUUAUCCCAGAGGGCGAUACGCCGACCUUUCUAUAUCUGGUCCAGAAUGGCCUAGGAUCGCCUGAGCACCCUGAAUGGGGUAGCUGGGGAGGUCGGUACCUCCGAACAGAUCUUGGAGAAGCUGGAAAGCACUACACUGAUGCUGUAGACAGGGUGAUGGGUGCAAAUCGCCAAAACUAUAUUAGCAACCACGCAACCAUCUGGCGUUGGCGAGAAGCAUUUCAGAAUGACUUUGCUGCGCGGAUACAAUGGACGCUUGGGAAGAAUCCUUCAGAGUGUAAUCAUGCACCAGUAGCAAUUGUCAAUGACAGCCCAGCAGGCCCAGAGUCAUGUUACAUUGAAGCCGAAGCCGGGGCUAUUAUUACGCUUGAUGCCACCCAGAGCUACGAUCCUGAUGGCGACGACUUGACCUUCACAUGGUUUCAGUACAGUGACGUGACUGCGUCACAGUGGUGGGUGGAUGCAGAAGUUCAUAGCUGCAAGAUCGAGGAUCUAGAUGGCGAGAAAUCCGGACGCGUGGUUUCGAUACGGCUACCUCCACCAGAGAAGUGCGCCAUUGACAUGUUCAGUGGAGAGCCGCAGCAGAAGGGACAGACUCUCCAUUUCAUCCUCGAAGUCAAGGACAAUGGGAUGCCGCAACUUAGAACUUACAAACGAGUUGUUGUGCAGAUUACGAACAAAGAACUGCGAGGGCGGCGUGAGCAGGCAGUGGAGUCAAUAGCCGAUGUCCAUGGCUUUGAUGGGGAUUAG